AUGGAAGAACAGGAUUUUUGUUUUAAGAGACAACACAACACAAUACCCACAGUAUCAGGGAAGCUGGUCAACUUUGUGGCCUUUGAAACAGUGAAACCACAGACUAUGGGGAAAUUAUUAGUAAAAGUACAUGCGUGCGUCAUGACCUUCGCCUGGAUGUUUUGUGCGAGCAUCGGAAUCAUCGUGUCUCGAUUUUACAAACCUCUUUGGCCACAUAAACGACACUGUGGUAGGAAGGUCUGGUUCAUGAUUCACCGUUCUCUUAUGUUGAUUCUUGGACUCCUUGUGACUGGAGCGUUUGUCGUAAUAUUUCUCGAGGUCCGAGGCAUAAGUGAAAUCAGUUUUGUGGACUUCCACAAUAUACAUCCUGUUCUUGGAAUUAUUGUGAUGGCACUUACCAUUGUUCAGAUAUUUCUUGGACUGUUUCGACCAGCCUCAGCAUCAAAGAAUCGACCCAUGUUCAACUGGUCUCACUGGGGUAUUGGCAUUAUUCUGCACAUGCUGUCAGUUGUUAACAUUAUCCUGGGUGUACGGAUAAAGAAGAUGCAGAUUCAAUAUUACGUCUCCUACAUCCUCUACAUUUAUGCUGCAUACCAAGUCCUCGUCGUUUUCGUUUUGGAAGUGGUGGCAUACAGCUCUAGAAUUAAAGAGCGUAAACAACAGACAUAUUCAAUGUACGCGGCUCAGAACACGACGUAUUCCAGCACGAAAGACGGAUCCACAGAUGAACCACCGGGUAGCUUCACCCGCCGUGUUAUUCUACGAAUCCAUGUUGUAAUGGUGACAAUUCUAACGGGUUCUGUGGUAGUCAUUAUUGCCAUUAGCUGACGGAAUCGCUAAUAACUCGUGUUUGCGCAAAAAAAACUGCCUGUGAAUACAGAAAUGACGCUUGCUACUUGGUGAAAGGGAUGAUGAUUAAUUGACGUGACUCACUAACACUGGAAUGAUUUCACGAAGGAUCGCGGACGUUCUAUUGCCUGCAGCUAGGAAUGUGCUGACGUCAUCGAGAAAUCAAUACAUUUUACUGUUAGUGUUUCGGUCACGAUUUGAACCUAGAUUCGUUUUUUGUUUUUGUGUCGUUAUAUACAGAGCUGUCGUAUCCUGGGGAGUGGCGGUGUACAAUAUGCCACACCUUGCCAUGGGCGUGACCAGGAUUUGAUUGUCAAUAUUUAAGAUUUGUAAAAGUAAAACACUGAAGGAAAAAAAAUUUAAAAGAAGAAAGAAAGAACGAAAGAAAAAGAAUCGUUGAAGGGUAAUUCCUUUGCACUCUCAGUACUCUCUGGAAUACACACCUAUUUGUUUUCACUCCUAGAACUCUCCAGGAUACACACCUAUUUGUUUUCACUCCCAGAACUCUCCAGGAUACACACCUAUUUGUUUUCACUCCCAGAACUCUCCAGGAUACACACCUAUUUUGUUCAAUUUCAGAACUCUCCAGGAUACACACAUAUUUGUUUCCCCACCCCUACCUUUAUCCAACUCCAGUUUAGAAAAUGAAAAUAACAAGAAGAAGAUAACGAGAAAUAAGAAAAA